AUGUCCCUAAGCGGCCUUGUCAAUGGAAGCCUAGAAGAUCAUGUGUUACAACAGCAUACCACUUUCUGUAUAGAAAGUGCUCAAAACAUGAUCACGCUUGUAUAUGACAGCACUAUCCUAGACCAGUAUGGCAUUGGCAUCCUACCUUGGUGGAUUCGCAUUUUCUACAUCUAUAUCGCAAUUCAACACUUGAUCGCUUCAAUUCUGCGCCCGGUCAUUUUUACCUCUACAGUUCCAGAAGUUUGGGGCUCCGCUAUGGCUGCCUCGGAGCAUAUGAGCCUCUGA